AUGGACUCCAAGGCUGGUCAACUGCCGGUGCAGGGUCCCUACCUAGUUCCUACGCGUCCGACACGGUCUGCGUCGUUCUUUACGAUCAUCCUCGCCGUCUCAGGAUGGGUCCUACUCUCCGCGUUCCUUCCGGGCAAGUCCCUCGUUUCGAUCCACGUCGACUUGGGCCGUAGUGCCCACAAAGUCGAGCAGAAUGAGAGCGUCGUGGUUCAUGCAGCAUCGACGGAGCCUGGCGACGCAUGGCGCGACGACGUUUGGCCGCUGCGGCCCCAGAAGCACUGGGACAUCUCGACGGACUUUUCGUACCCGCGCAAGCUUGAUUUCGACGUAACGGAAGGAACGUGGAUGCGCCUUGACGUCCAUCCACAUACGGGCGACAUCGUCUUCGACCUCCUUGGCGACAUCUACUGCCUCCCCGCGUCCGCAUACCUGCAUCGCGACUCCGACGCGCCCACUCAAGCUGUCCCGGUCCUUAUCGGCGUGCCGCACGACACGGACCCACACUUCUCACCAGACGGCAGGCUACUAUCAUUUACGAGCGAUGCGGGGCUCGGCGUGAACAACGUAUGGGUGACCGGGUGGAAAGGCAACUGCCAGGCGAUGGACGUCAAAGCGCUAGGAUUUCAGGAUAACGCUGAGCGGGAUGCGAACUUGCUCGCCAUGGGCGUGAAAGAGACGGAGGAAAGACGUCGCAGGAGAUUGGUCCGAGAAGGACGCGCCGAAGCGGUACGUGUCACGAACGAAACCUACCGUUUCGUCACCGACGCGCGUUUCCACCCUUCUGGUUCGUCUGUCGUUGCCACGAAAUGGUACACGUCCACUCGGUCGGUUGGUGCCGGGGAAGGCUGGUUGUACGAUGUUCCGAACGGAGUGAAGGUCGUCGAACCCGGAUCAGGCAAGAGGGCUGUCGGGAGAACGCUGCCGGCAGGUUGGACGGUCGAACAAUAUGGCGAGCAGCAAGUUGGCCCAGAGCAGUUCAUCUGGAGAGGAAACGACACCGUUAUAUUUUCGAAGAACGUCAUCGACGUUGAUGGCACGUUCCAAUACAGCAAAAACGUUCAUGCCGGGAUAUACGCACUAUUCCAAAAGAACCUCACCACUAACGUCACUGAGGAACUAGUCAGCGCGGUCCCCGGCGGGGCGAGCAGACCGGAACUUUCGCGUGAUAGGCGCACACUUGCGUUCGUGCGGCGCGUGAACGACCACGAAGUGCUCGUGCUGAAAGACCUAGAGACAGGCACGAUCCACUACGCGUUUGACGGCCUCACAUACGACGCGACUCCCAUCUACGCGCCUAUGAACACCUACCCUUCCUUCACGUUCACACCCGCUGAUGACGCCAUCAUCAUCUGGGCUGCAGGACAGAUUUACCGCGUCCCGCUCAUCCUUAACGCCCGCGGUGAGCGCGUUUCCGACUUCAGUUCCUUGCCGCAGGCCAUCCCGUUCUCCGCGCACGUGGAGAUUCGGCUAGCGGAGACGCGCAGCAUCGCAAAGGACAUCGUCGAACUGGAGACGGCCGACACCCAACGCGUGUACGCAUUCACAGAGCUUGCCGUGGACGAGGCAGGAGAUCGCAUCGUCGCCCAAGCCGCAGGCAAGACAUACGUUGUUGACGUCGAGACGCGCAAAGCGAGGAAGGUGCCGACGCUGGACCGGGACGCGCCAUACUAUUCGCCCUCAUUCGUUCCCGGGGGACCGCUCGUGAUCCACCAAAGGUGGUCAGAUGUCAACUUCACCUCCUUCGAGAUCGCCGAUCUCUCCACUGGCACAGCGCACGCCGUCGCGGGCCUACCCUUCGGCAGGUACUACUCACCGGUUGUCUCCCCGUGCUCGUCGACGAGCGGGGACAAGAGGACCGUCGCAUUCGUCCGCACGGGAGGAGACUGGUUGUCGGGUAACAUCGUCGCCACCGCCGGCGCUGGGUUGUACGCCGGAGAGCUCGACCUCUCUGACCUCACAAAUGUCUCGCUUGGGCACCUUCGGGCCGUCCCGCUAGCGUCUGGAAUCGGAGGGAAGCCGCGCUUGCACUUCACGGGCAAGUGCGGAAAGGGAGCUGGCACUCUUACGAUUGAGACGGAUGAUCGCGCGUUCGUCGUCAACCUCGACGGCACGCCCAGUGCGCUGGGGCAGUACGAGACGAAGACGAUCGCGACUGGGCGGAUGUCUUCAGAGGUCGCUGUCGGAGACGGGUACGCGGCCUUCGUCGAUUUCCAGCACGUGUACGUCGCGCCUUUCGACAGCGCGGAUAACCAGGGACCAUUAUGGAGCAAACCCGGUAACGCUACUGAAGGGCUUGCAAGAGUCAGCCUUGACGGAGGCCACGACAUCGCAUGGAGCUCGGAUGGGAAGAAGCUGUUCUGGUUCCUUGGCCCGUACCUGCACUACCUCGAGGUUUCCAAGCUCCGAGACUGUACGAACGCGAUAAAGCACGACGGCUUGACCUUCGGCAUUGACUGCACUAAGAACUUGUUGAAUUAUCAGGAAGUCGUAGUCGAGUACGCCACAGACAUCGGAAGGCUCAAGGCGGACGUUGCCAGUUAUGGAAACAGUGGCGACGGCACCCUCAUCGUCCUAAACGCCAAAAUCUUGACUAUGAGUGCGGGAUCGUCUCUCGACGCCGACCUCAUACCUCGCGGUAUUCUCGUCGUCAGAAAUGGCGUGGUCGUUGCCGUCGUUGGCGCGGAUGCAGCCGAUUUCGAGGUGCCGACGUCGGCGUUUGUACUCGAUGCUCGAGGAGGCUUCGUGAUCCCAGGCUUCAUCGACAUGCACGCGCACUGGAACGGGUUUGGUGUCCUUCAUCCGGCCCGCAGCUGGGAGCAUCAGACGUUCCUCAGCUACGGCGUCACAACAAUGCACAAUCCCAGCGCCGACACUGUGAAGGCAUUUAACGAGCGCUUCCGAGUGGAAAGCGGGCAGAUGUUGGGCCCGCGCAUCUUCCAGACCGGACAAGUGAUUUAUGGCGCCGGAGGGCCCGGCUACCACGAAGAUAUCGUCGAUAUGAAUGAAGCGCAUUCAGCACUAAUCAGAAUCAAGGCCGAGGGUGGACCUUCAGCCUUCUCGUACAAAAAUUAUCAGCUGCCGAUCCGCGCUUCCCGACAAAGGUUAUUACUGGCCGCUCGCAAUUUAUCUAUGAUCUGCGUACCUGAGGGCGGCAUGAACUUCGACUGGGAUCUUACAUACAUCAUCGAUGGCAUGACGACUGUCGAACACAACAUCCCUGUCCCUCUGCUUUACGACGAUGUUUUGCGCCUAUACGCGCUCAGUGGCACAGCCGCCGUCCCUACACACAUCGUCAAUUACGGAGGACCCAUGGGCGAGCAAUUGAUCUGGGCGACGGAGGACAUUCCCAACGAUCCCAAGCUCCGUCGCUUCAUGAGGCACGAUCUCCUCGCCGGGAUCGCCGAAUCCACGGCGCGGCCCAAGAACUCCUACGCCGUGUUCAACGUUUCUUCAUCGAUCGCAAAGAUGGUGCACGACCAUGGCUUGCGAGCGCACAUCGGCGCUCACGGCGAACAACCGCUUGGUCUCAACUACCACGCGGAGAUGUGGUUCGCGAGGCAAGGUGGUCUGACGAACUACGAGGUCAUACGCGCGGCAACUUCGGACGCCGCGAAGACGCUCGGGCUUGACAGCUCCUUGGGAUCCCUGAGCCCCGGAAAACUCGCCGACUUUGUCGUCUACCCGCCAGGCGUGGACCUGCUUGAGGGCGACAUCCGGAGCACUCGCGACAUCCGAUACGUGGUCAGGGGCGGCAGGGUGUUCGAUGCUGACUCCAUGCGCGAGAUCUGGCCUGCGAGAGGCCGCAAGGCGCAGAUGAGCCCCAUUAACCCGCAGUGA